AUGAAUACUGAGAACAAUAGUAGCGGAAAUGAGAGUGAAGUAGUAUCUAGACAGAAUGAAUCAAAAAAGAGAAAAAAGUACGGCAGAAUGAGAGAUGUCAUGAAAAAGAUUAGACUGCAGAGCCACGAGGUAGGUGCAAACUGUAACUGUCGUAAACAAUGUUUUCAAAAUGUACCUGAAGAAGCAAGAAAAACCAUUCUCAAGAAUUUUAACGCAAUGACUUCUAUUAAUGACCAGUACUCCUACUUAUGUGGAUUGAUUACGGUACUCCUCAUUCGCCGAAGAAGGCAUAGGAAAGAUGAAGACGUAGCAAAUUUGAGAAGUAGUGCAUAUUCUUACAGGGUACGUUUUAGAACUGAUAAUAGCUUACAGGAAAUAAAUAUUUGUACACAAGCUUUUAUGUCUGUUCAUGGAAUAAAGAAAAAAAAAUUAGAGAUACUACAAAAUUCACUAAAAAUGACUGGAGUCGCUCCAAAAGAUAAAAGAGGAGAAAAUAAAACCCAUCCUAGGAAAUUUGAUGCUCACGUUCUUGCAGCAAUAUACGAACAUAUAAAGUCAUUUAAUGGCAGGAAAAGCCACUACAGUGUGAAGGAUAGUAUAAAAUUAUUCUUACCUGAAGACUUAAACAUAAAAAAGAUGUUCAAAAUGUUUUGCGAGUUGAACCCUUCUAUGAAAGUAUCUUACGAGUCGUACAGAACAGUCUUUAAUACAAAAUUCAACAUAGCCUUUGGAUAUCCCAGGACCGAUACAUGUUGUUCUUGCGAUCAGUUUCUUAUAAAAAUAAAAUCUCUUCAGUCUGAUGUUUUAAAGAGUAUGGAUAUUGCUCAAAAAGAACGCUUUCAAAAGGAAAUACGCCAUAUUACAAUACAAAAUGAUGUACACAAAAGAAAGGCUGAGGUAUUUUACAGUAGAAAAAGGGCUGCGAAGAAACGAAGUCGAACCUCUGUGACUCACGAAGCUAUUUGUCUGGAUUUUGGACAAAAUCUCAGUGUCCCAAACACAACAACAAACGAUGUUUACUAUAAGAGUCAGCUGAACGUCUAUGCUUGGCAAAAAGGGAAGCGACGAUGUAUGCUCAAUGCUGAAUGA